AUGCCUAAAGUUUCAGUAAAAGUAAAGUGGGGAAAGGAGUUGUACCCAGGUGUAGAGGUGAACACAGAUGAUGAUCCCGUUGUGUUUAAGGCACAAAUCUUUGCUUUAACUGGUAUUCAACCUGAAAGGCAGAAAGUUGUCUGUAAAGGAGUGACAUUGAGGGAUGAUUCAUGGGGUCCGUUUAAAUUAACUAAUAAUGCUUUGGUGCUAGUUAUGGGAAGUAAGGAGGAAGAUGUGCCUGCGACUCCUUCAGUACCAACCCGGUUUGUUGAGGACAUGAAUGAGGCUGAACUAGCCACAGUGAUGGACAUGCCAGAAGGUCUCAUAAACUUGGGUAAUACAUGCUACAUGAAUGCAACAGUACAGUGCCUCAAGACGGUACCAGAACUGCAGACUGCCUUAAAUCGAUAUGAAAAUAAGCCGAUCGCUGGCACGGCGGGCGAGCUGACGUCGGCGCUGAGGGACACGAUAAUAGCGAUGGACGGGGCCGGCGCGGGCGCGACCACAAGCGCGGUGGCACGGCUGCUGCGCGCGCUGCACGCCAUGGUGCCGCGCUUCGCAGAGCGCGGGCCCGGCGGCGGCCUGGCUCAACAGGACGCCUCCGAAUGUUGGACUGAAUUCGUGCGCGCGAUGCAGACCAGUCUUGCCUCGACCCAUGGUGGCUGUAAUACAACUUCGGUGAUCGACGAAUACUUCGGUGGCACUCUAGAUGUGGAGUUGGUAUGCUCCGAGGCGGAUGAGCCUCCGACCCGCACAACCGAGUCCUUCCUGCAACUGUCCUGUUUCAUAUCGCAAGAUGUCAAGUACCUGCAGUCGGGACUCAGAUCUAAAAUGUCAGAGCAAAUCACCAAAAUGUCACCGACAUUAGGAAGGGAUGCCAUUUACACAAAAACUAGUAAAAUCAGUCGUCUGCCAGCAUAUUUGACGGUGCAGUUCGUUCGUUUUUACUACAAGGAGAAGGAGUCCAUCAACGCAAAAAUCCUUAAAGACGUGAAGUUUCCUCUCGAGCUGGACGUAUACGAACUUUGCUCGCCCGAGCUGCAAGAGAGGCUUGCUCCUAUGAGGACAAAGUUCAAAAAUUAUGAAGAAAGUAAAAUAGAGUCAUCAAUCAGUUCGAAAAACAAAAACCACGGCGAUGAUGACGACAGCAUAGGACUACACUCAGAGAACACGAGCGCACCUUUUUCGUUCGCGGAUGACAUCGGCAGCAAUAACAGCGGUUACUACAGCUUAAAAGCUGUGCUGACCCACCGCGGCCGCUCGUCGUCGUCGGGUCACUACGUGGCGUGGACGCUACGCAAGAACACAUGGGUGCGCUGUGACGACGACUCCGUCACGCCUGUCACCGAGGAACAGGUGCUUAAGCUCAGCGGCGGAGGCGAUUGGCACUGCGCGUAUUUACUCCUGUACGGACCCAAAAAGCUGCCAAAGCUGCCAGUAGACGAGCAGAAGCCCAUGGACACGGACGCGGGCGAAGGAGCGGCAAGCGCGCCGACCACCGCGCAGCCCUAG